AUGGGGUUGCCUCAAUGGGGUCACCUCUGUGGGGUCACCUCAAUGGGGUCACCGCAAUGGGGACAUCGUUAUGGGGCCACUUCAAUGGGGUCACCUCAAUGGGGUCACCUCAAUGGGGUCACCCCAAUAGGGACAUCUUUAGGGGGACGCCCCAAUGGGGUCACUCCAAUGGGGUCACCACAAUGGGGUCACUGCAAUGGGGUCAUCCCUAUAGGGUCACUGCAAUGGGGACAUCUUUAUGGGGACGCCCCAAUGGGUUCAGUUCAGUGGGGUCACCUCAAUGGGGUCACCACUAUGGGGACAUCUUUAUGGGGUCACCUCAAUGGGGUCACUUCAGUGGGGUCACUGCAAUGGGGUCACCUCAAUGGGGACAACUUUAUGGGGUCACCUCAGUGGGGUCACCUCAGUGGGAUCACUUCAAUGGGGUCACCUCAAUGGGGUCACUGCAAUGGGGUCACCUCAAUGGGGACAUCUUUAUGGGGUCACCUCAAUGGGGUCGCCACAAUGGGGACGUUGUUAUGGGGUCACCUCAAUGGGGUCACCACAAUGGGGUCACCUCAAUGGGGUUGCCGCAAUGGGGACAUCUUUAUGGGGUCACCUCAAUGGGGUCACUCCAAUGGGGUCACCUCAGUGGGGACAUCGUUAUGGGGUCACUUAAAUGGGGACAUCGUUAUGGGGUCACCUCAAUGGGGACAUCGUUAUGGGGUCGCCGCAAUGGGGAUGUCUUUAUGGGGACAUCUUUAUGGGGUCACCUCAAUGGGGUCACCACAAUGGGGACAUCGUUAUGGGGUCACUUCAAUGGGGUCACCUCAAUGGGGUCACCUCAAUGGGGUCACCACUAUGGGGACAUCGUUAUGGGGUCGUCCCAAUGGGAUCGCCUCAAUGGGGUCACUUCAAUGGGGUCACUGCAAUGGGGUCACUGCAAUGGGGACGUCUUUAUGGGGCCAUCUUUAUGGGGACACCCCAAUGGGGUCACCUCAAUGGGGUCACCGCAAUGGGGACAUCGUUAUGGGGUCACUUCAAUGGGGUGACCACAAUGGGGUCACUGCGAUGGGAACGUCGUUAUGGGGACGCCCCAAUGGGGUCACCUCAAUGGGGUCACUCCAAUAGGGUCACCUCAGUGGGGUCACCUCAAUAGGGUCGCUGCAAUGGGGUCACCCCAAUAGGGUCACCUUAAUGGGGUCAAUACAAUGGGGUCACCUCAAUAGGGACAUCUUUAAAGGGUCACCUCAAUGGGGUCAGUUCAGUGGGGUCACCCCAAUAGGGUCACCUCAGUGGGGCCACCUCAAUGUGGACGUCUUUAUGGGGCCAUCUUUAUGGGGUCACCUCAAUGGGGUCACCUCAGUGGGGUCACCACUAUGGGGACAUCGUUAUGGGGUCACUGCAAUGGGGACAUCGUUAUGGUGUCGCCGCAAUGGGGAUGUCUUUAUGGGGUCACCACAAUGGGGACAUCGUUAUGGGGACACCCCAAUGGGAUCACCUCAAUGGGGUCACCUCAGUGGGGUCAUCUUUAUGGGGAC